CCCAGCUUUCUUUUGGCUGAAAAAAGAGUGAAAAGCUGAUUCCUGAAACUGGGCUGCCUAGAGUUUUUAGUCUAGGGUUUCUGACUUCGAGGAAGCAGGCACAGCCAUGGCCAUGCAAACGGGAGUUAGUUUAUCUAAAAUAGUGAUUUUAGCUGGUGCAGGAUACACGGGUACUGUCUUGAUUAAUAACGGUAAAUUAUCGGAUUUGUUGGGGAAACUUCAGGAAUUGGUGAGGGGAUUAGAAAAUUCUGCUGGACAUGAUGGUGAUUCUGACCUCUCCUCUGAUGCUAUCGCUGCCCAGAUACGGCGCAUUAAAAUGGAGUUUCAGCAGAUAGCCUCAACUAGACAGAUUACUGUGCUUAAUGGGACUUCUGGUGGUAAUAGUGCUACUUCUCUUAUAAUUCCAGCUGCAACUUUGGGGGCGUUAGGUUAUGGUUACAUGUGGUGGAAGGGUAUUUCAUUCUCUGAUCUCAUGUGGGUAACUAAAAAAAGUAUGACAGCUGCUGUUUCAAACUUGACAAACCAUCUGGAAAAUGUUACAGAAGCUCUUUCUGUGGCAAAGAAGCAUUUGACUCAGCGAAUUCAGGCUCUGAAUGAUAAAGUGGAAAAGCAGAAUGAGAUCUCAAAGGAUAUUCAAAAGAAUGUAAAGGAGGCUUGUGAUGAUCUUUUUAAGGUUGAAGAUAGUUUGAAGGACUUGCAAAGCAUGAUUUACGGUUUGGAUGGGAAGAUAGAUUCAUUGGGAUACAAGCAGGAUGUAACGAAUGUUGGUAUGUACUACCUUUGUAGCCUUGUUGAUGGGAGAGAAGGGAAAAUGCCUGAGAGUAUACAGGAUAAGUUUAAACUUGGUGAGAAGGCUCGUCUUUUACUCAAAGCUCCACGCUUAAAGGGACUUAAGGGAAUUUCAGAUUCUAUGUAUGAAACUAUCAAUGACAAAAUUACAGAUAAUAUUGAUCCCCAGCGAAGACUACUCUCAAGGAUCACUUCAGCAUAGCAUUGAAGAAAGAGGGGGACAGCUUCAUAAUGAGACAAUAUAUAUCAUAUGAAAUAAAAAUGGUAAUUAGUUGUAAUUCUCUCUUUUUCGAUGUAUUAUUUUUUAAAUGGAUGUCGUGCAUGACCAGGCUAUUGCUGUAUUUAGAGAAAGAAAAAUUAAGAAUGUUGUUUAGUGGUAGUUGCUGCAGCGGACCCUUUGCUGUCAAAAAAAUUGCUAUUAUAAAUUCAGUACUACCAUUCUAUA